AUGUUAUGCAGGCAAUUUGGGAGAAAAUCUUUAGCCUUCAUUAUAUUUUUGGCCUUAGUUACCUCAUUAUUUUGGAUAGGCAAUAUAUUAGCUUUUGAUAGUGAAGCUGAGCAAAUAGAAGAAGUCUUGGUACCAACAACGACUGCUAUCACAUCUAGCAAUCAUUCAAAAGAAAUCCAAACUUCAGAAGACCAAAACUCUCCAACCAUUGCUCCUGUUGCAACUUAUGAUGAAGCCGAUCUGCUGCUUGAUAUUCUCCCAAGAUCUAGCUUACAUUACAACAUAUCUUGAAUUAAAUCUACUGAAUUACAGAUUGAGGCUAGCAUUCCUGGAGAAGAAAUUGCUUGUGUGCCGUCUACUUUUGGCUAUACUAAGGAACAAGCUGAAAAUCGCUAUAAAUACAUGGAUAGGGCUUUCUCUUGUGGAUCUGAAAGCGACACUGCAGUGAUGAUUGAAGAUAACAAACUUAUAGUCAAUUGUCCAAGCUAUACAUCUCCUACAACGUGAGCGGUAGGCAAUGUCCCUUGGGAAGAGUUGUUUGGGAAUGUCAGACUUGUGCCAAGGUGGAAUAAUUACAAAGGCCGCGAAGAUAUAGGAGAUGCGGAAUUUGGAUAUGUGAAAUGUGGCACUGGCAUUAAGCAAGCCUUUUUGCAAAAUAAGUUUUCUAGGUCUGCCUCUCACAGAGCGCAAUCCACAAGAGAAAUCAUCUCUGAUAGCCUCAAUUUAAAAGAAAAGCCUAAGCCUUUAACUGUGAUGGUUCUCUAUUUGGAUUCUGUAUCUAGAAAGCACUUUUAUAGAGCCUUGAGAAAAACAGCUGCGUUCUUUAACAGUUCAAUCGCAUCGGGAGCUUUUUCAGACGACUACGUAAUUUAUGAUUUUUUAAUUAACAACGCACAUGGAGAAAAUACAGCACCAAAUAUAACUCCUUUAACUUACGGACAUUCUUUGCCAGACCAUCAAAAGUUUACAAAAGGCUGGUCUGUAAGAAGAGCCCAAGAGAAAGCAAAAUAUGAAGAGCUGCAAAAAAGAGCUAUUUGGAAGCACUAUGAAAAAAUGGGAUUCGUCACAAUGUUUGGCUUUGAAACAAAAGGGGAUUAUUUCGCAGAGAUAACUGGGAGAAAAAUUCUUUGUGAUCACGUAGCCACAAGUUUUUGGCGAGGAUCAACUGAUAUCAUGGGAUAUAAUGAGUAUUCAGAAAAGCAACGAUGCAUCGGCAAUUAUUAUUCUCAUCAUUAUAUGUUCCAAUAUGCAUGAGAGUAUGUGAAUAACUAUAAAGGCCAUAACAAGUUCAGCUAUAUGCACAUUUUGGCUGGGCAUGAAGGGACAGGGUCAGUAAUAAAGACUGUGGAUGAGGACUUAUUGAAAUUUGUAAAGCAAAUGCUGGAAUUUCACAGGGAUAAUAAUGAGGAUAUUGCAUUUAUCGUAGGAGCAGAUCAUGGUUUGCAUGUAGGGCCUUGAGAUAAAAUUGAAGAAGGGCUAAUGGAGAAUUUAUUGCCUUUUUCAUUUUUGAUUUCCAAUAAAGAACUCAUAGCAAAACUGGGUCCGGAAACUCAUGAAAUUUUGCAACACAACACAAAUAGGUUAAUAGGAAAAUUAGACUGGCAUCUCACUUUAAAGCAUUUAGCAGCAGCGCCUUAUGGAAAUUUAGACACAAACUCCAAGGCUUAUAAAGAAUGAAAAAAAUCAACAAAUUCUGAAAACGCUAUUUCCUUGAUUAUGGAAAAGGUUAAAGAUAGUAGGACAUGUGAAGAUAUCCGAAUAAAUUUGUAUUGGUGCACCUGCUUAAAGUAUGAAGAAUUCGAUAGAUUAAGCUCAGAAGAAGAAUCAGGCAUCGUGCAGCGUAUAGCAGAAACAGGUAUUGAAGCAAUUAAUCGAAAAAUUUCAAAAGACAAAGCUGGUGAGUACUGUAUGUCUGUUUCCCUUGCUAAGAUUAUCAAGACUGAUCAUGAAAUCACUAACUCCAAAGUAAAACACUACAAAGUUGAUAUAAAAGUGAAUGAACACCCUGAUUUUAUUUUCAGAGUGAUUGCUCAAGUUAUGCCAAGCUCAGAAAUGGUGAAGUAUAAAAAGCAAGAACUCGAAAAUCAAGUCUAUCCAACCACUUCUUUGGAGUCAUCUCAGGGAAAACUCGAUUUGCAGGUUCAAAAUGUAGUGAGAGUAGACAAUACAAAUGAAAUUUGCAUGGAAGUUGGAAAUAGUGUUAAAGGAAAAGACAAUUUUUGUGUAUGUAAAGGACUAAAGGAUUUCAAUAUACCUAAAUUUCCAAAUGGAAAGGUUAAAGUGUUAUUAGAAAAUUUUAAGAAGAAAUUAAAUAUUUUUGUAGGGGAAGUGUCUCAAAGCUGCAAGGAAACUUGCCAAAUCAAUGGAAAGGUAUGCGAAGAAUGAGGAUUAUCAGUAGUUAAUAAUUUCGAUCUCAUGAAUGAGUCUUGAAGAGAAAUAGGCUCAAAUAGCUAUUUCGUGACGAUGGAUAACGAAACCUUAUUUUUUAAAAAUUUAAGGGUGUCUGAGAGGACUUCUGGAGAUAUCCCCGGAUUAGUAAGAAAUGAGAUGGACUAUAAAUUUGUUGAAGCAGAUUGGAAUAGUUUGAGCUGCAACAACCGAUCUGAACAUAUAAGGGCGUUUUGCCCUUGCUCAAGGUUUUAA